CCGGCUGGUUGCUGCUGAGCGAUCGCUGAAACCAAGACAGGGAGCUGGUACUGUUAGGGCGAGCACCGGAUACAUUGAGAAGCUGGCGAUACUUGGCACACCCUGCGGCUGAUACCCUGCGUACCUUGUCCUGUCCUCCUCCGGGCACACUCAUGUCUCGCACGGGCUCUGCCCCCGGGCUUCUCCUUCUACUCUCUGGUCUUCUGGUUUAUGCUGACCUCCCAGGGGAGCCGUGCACAUCCGAAUCGUGCAGGGGCGAUAGCAACCAGUUUGCUAUAGACGCUUGUGUGAGCAAUCCUUGCAGCCAUGGAAACUGCAGUACUCAUGAUGAUGGAUAUCUAUGCAUCUGCAUCAAUGGCUACACUGGGCUGCACUGCGAUCAGGCUACCUCUGAACCCACAGAGCUCCCAACACAAGGACAAUUUGAACCAAAUGAGUCUACUCUGGAGCCAAGCAUCAAAGUGCCACACUCACCGGGUAGUCUGGAGCUGCCAGCCUGGAGACCAAAGGCAGGACAGAAAGUGGCAACUCUAAAAUGGGAUGAAGUCCAGAUAAUACCAGAUGUUGCUUGUGGAAAUGCCAGUUCCAACUCAUCCUCUGGAGGGCGUUUGGUAUCUUUUGAAAUUUCUGAGAACACGUCAUUAAAGAUCUCACAGGAUGUCACUGCAUCCCUCAUCCUGCUGUGGAAGGUGACAGCUGGAGGCUUCAACCAAUGUUCCCUUGUUGAUGGGAGAAGCAUCACCCUGCUUCAGGCACCUGGGGGCCUUGUUAUUCCUGAAGAGGUGCUAGGAAUUGGGAACAACUACUUUAUUGGGUUUGUAAAUGAUUCUGUGAGUAAGUGCAUCGUGGCCUUACGUCUAACCGUACUGGUAAAGAUCACUGACUGUGUUCCUGGAGGAGAAGCUCCAGAGAUUCCUCAGUGUAACAGGAAGGGAAGUUGUGUGACCAAACCAACAGAGGAUAUAUUUUCAUGCCAUUGUGAGCCAGGAUAUAUUGGUUCUUAUUGUGAGGAGUUUGAUGCCUGCCACAACAACCCAUGCCAGAAUAAUGCCACCUGUACUGAUACCCUACAAAAGCAUUAUGGGGAAAAUGCAACCUGUUCUUGCUUGCCUGGUUACACGGGGGAUCACUGUCAGUCUCUUGUGGAUCAUUGUUUCCCACAGCCCUGCAGGAAUGGGGCUACUUGUGUGACAAGCCUCAGUGGUUUCAGCUGCCAGUGUCAGGAAGGAUAUGUUGGUUCCUUUUGUGAAGAGAAAAUAGAUCCCUGUUCAUCGUCACCAUGCUUGAAUAAUGGAAGCUGCAGCUCAGCAGGUCUCUCAUUCACCUGUCGCUGUGGUCCUGGUUACACGGGAUUAACAUGUGCUCAGCUUGUGGAUUUUUGUGCCCUUAACCCCUGUGCUCAUGGGAUCUGCCGUAGUGUUGGGACAAGUUACAAGUGUCUGUGCACUCCAGGUUACCAUGGAUUGUACUGUGAAGAGGAAUAUAAUGAGUGUGCCUCAGCCCCAUGCCAGAAUGGUGCCUCUUGUAAAGAUAUGGUUAAUGGGUACCAGUGUGUGUGUCCUGCUGAGUAUGAAGGACGCCACUGUGAGCUGUACAAGGACCCAUGUGUGAACAUUAGCUGCCAGAAUGGAGGGACAUGUGACAGCGAAGGAAUGAAUGUAACCUGCACGUGCGCUCCUGGGUAUAUAGGUGAAGAGUGUGAAAUUGAUGUUAAUGAAUGUGACAGCGGCCCGUGUCACCAUGGAGGCACCUGUGUAGACCAGUCUAAUGGUUACACCUGUCACUGUCCCCACAGCUGGGUGGGAGCCAACUGUGAGAUCCACCUUCAGUGGAAAGCAGGUCACAUGGCAGAGAGUUUGACCAACAUGCCUCGACAUUCCCUCUACAUCAUCAUAGGAGCACUGUGCGUGGCCUUUGUACUCAUGCUCAUCAUUCUUAUUGUGGGAAUCUGCCGGAUCAGUCGCAUUGAAUACCAAGGAUCCUCCCGCCCAGCAUAUGAGGAGUUCUAUAACUGCAGGAGCAUAGACAGCGAGUUCAGCAGUGCAAUUGCAUCAAUCCGACAUGCAAGAUUUGGGAAGAAAGCUCGGCCUGCCAUGUAUGAUGCAAGCCCUGUCUCCUUUGAGGAUUACAGCCCUGACGAUAAACCACUUGUAACUCUGAUCAAGACAAAGGAUUUGUAAUGCGGCCCCCUCUUCUUAUCCUUUAGAUUUUGGAGAAGAUGGGCUUUGCCUUUCAGAAGGGUGAAAUACUAAACUGACUAAUUAUUUCUAAGGAAAAGAAUAACAAUUUUGAGAUGUGUUUCUCUGCUGUGGGAUUCAUCUAUGCCCCAUCUCUAUUAAGAAACCCAUUUAGCGCAUCUGUAAUAUAACCCUUUCACUGUCAGAGGUUGCUGCAUUACCCAGAAUGCAGUUCCCUCUAGCAGAGAAUGGAUAUAACCAAUGCAGAAAAGAAACAAUAUCAGAUUUUCUUGGAAAAAAAAUCAUGUUUAAGAAAUGUUACUGUCUGAACUGUAUGCUGGCUUUAUCUGUAGACUUAGAAGGCAUAUAUAAACGUCAUUUAUCCAUUAAUAAACAUAUUAAGAGUCUACAAUGUUUGUGUUGUGAAGAUAAAAAAAAAAAAGAAAUGCUGUGGUAAAAAUCUUUUUAACCGUUAUAUACUAGAAGUUUCAUAUGCUUUAUUCUCUGCAUGGUUUGCUAACAAUAAUCCUGCAUUGUUUUCUAAAAAAUGCGCUUGAAUCGAUGUUUCUGUCCAUUCUCCUGUUGUGUUGGUGAAACCGGCUAUCGUACAAAUUAUAGGAAGCAAGCUAGAGCUAUACCAAGCUUUUAUUUUCUUAAACAGCAAGGUUUUCUAUAUUGUGAAUAAACAAGGUUUCUGAUUUUAGACUUCACUAACCUCUGCUCAUUAGCUUGUGCAUUUGCAUUGUGUUGUAUUCUUAUUUAUAUGCGCUAGGCAUUUUAUUUUUUUAUUCUACGUUUUUUUUUCUCAGCUUUGUUCUUCUUGGAAACUCCAAAUAUUCUGAAUAAAUGUUAUCAAAGUA